UUAUCGCAAAUUAGGAUCGUGUCAUUAGUGACCGUCGCCGAAGCAACAUUUCCGAUAAUUCAAAUCAUAAUUUCAGUGUUAUAACCAUGAUUUUGAGAUAAAUUAUUUUAGUGUAGUGGUUUAGUGAUAAAAACUCAAGAAAUUUAAAAUUUAAUAAUAGCAGUGACUAUUAGUGUUGGUGUUUUUGUGGUGUGGAUUGUGGCAUGGGGAGUGGUGUACUCCGCGUGCCAUUGUCGAGGCUGUGACAUGGGCUGCUUUGCUGCAGCCUCCACUAGUGGGCUCUCAGAGUGAUACAAGUGUCAGGCUUGGAGCCUGCACAGAACCUCUAGUAUUAUGAACAAACGUGAGAGCAACAAGGAUAAAGAACGUCAAAGUGACGAUAAAAGGACUUCAACCGCUACAGGCGCGGUGGGCGGGCGCGGCGUGGGCAGCAGCGCGAUGCACACGUCGCGGCACUCCGUCACCUCGUCCUCGGGCGUGCUGAUGGUCGGCCCCAACUUCAGGGUCGGCAAGAAGAUAGGCUGCGGCAACUUCGGCGAACUGAGGCUCGGGAAAAAUCUUUACAACAACGAGCAUGUAGCCAUCAAAAUGGAGCCGAUGAAGUCGAAGGCGCCGCAGUUGCAUCUCGAGUACAGAUUCUACAAGUUACUUGGCACACACGCGCCGUCGACGGCUGAGGGCAUACCGGAGGUAUAUUACUUCGGCCCGUGCGGUAAAUACAAUGCUCUGGUGAUGGAACUGCUGGGUCCGUCGCUCGAGGAUCUCUUCGACCUGUGCGGCCGCCGUUUCUCUCUAAAGACUGUACUAAUGAUCGCUAUGCAGUUGUUGCACCGCAUCGAAUAUGUCCACACGAGACACCUUAUAUAUCGGGACGUGAAGCCCGAGAAUUUUUUAAUAGGUAGAACUGCAACAAAAAGGGAAAAAAUCAUUCACAUCAUUGAUUUUGGUUUGGCCAAAGAAUACAUAGACUUAGAGACAAACAAACAUAUUCCAUAUCGGGAGCACAAGUCACUCACAGGGACUGCGCGAUAUAUGUCAAUAAACACACAUUUAGGAAAAGAACAAUCUAGACGCGAUGACCUAGAGGCUCUCGGGCAUAUGUUUAUGUAUUUUUUACGUGGUUCCUUACCCUGGCAGGGUUUAAAAGCUGAUACACUCAAAGAAAGAUACCAAAAAAUUGGUGACACCAAGCGGGCAACACCGAUAGAGGUGUUAUGCGAGGGCCACCCCGAAGAGCUAGCCACGUACCUCCGCUACGUGCGGCGGCUGGACUUCUUCGAGACGCCCGACUACGAUCAGCUGCGGCGCAUGUUCCGCGAUCUGUUCGAGCGGCGCGGUUACGUGGACGACGGCGAGUUCGACUGGACCGGCAAGACGAUGUCCACCCCAGUGGGUUCCAUCCAGACGGGCCAUGAAAUCGUCGUAUCACCGAACCGCGACCGACACCAACCUUUUCAUAAGGGCGCGGUAAAGGACACCGGUACUGGCGGUACCACGAACACCGGCAACUGGCCCACUAGUGGGAAAGCCACCCCACUCACCACGGGACACCUCACGCCCGCCGAUAGACACGGUUCUGUACAGGUGGUGAGUUCCACGAACGGCGAAUUGGGCGCCGACGACCCGACGGCAGGCCACAGCAACACACCCAUCACGCAGCCGCACCACGAGGUCGACGUUGUGGACGACACCAAGUCAGUGUUCCAACUGCAAUCCGUGUAUUCUAGGUGCUGUUGUUUCUUCAAGCGUAAAAAGAAGAAGUGCGCGGCGCGCGCCGGCAAGUGACGCGAGCGUGCCUGACCCCGGACCCGCACCCGCCCCGCACCGACCUAGUACCAAGAUCGACCGGUUACUGUACUAUGCCCGCUCGCUAGUCCAAACUCAGGAAGCUUUCUGCACCGAGUUGAUAGAUUAAUAACAUGCUUACGCGCUAGCGAUACCGAGUCCGGCUAGUCCGAACUCGGAUGCUUUUUCUAACGGUCUCGGACAGUUUCUAUACCAUGCCUGCGUGCCAGCGACACCAAGCCCGCGCGCUAGUACCGAGUACGGACGCUUUCUAUACAAAGCUUGGACGCUAGUACUCAAGCUCGGUCGCUAGCGAUACCAAACUCGCACGCUGGUACCAAGCUCGGUUGGUAGCGACACCAAGCUCGCACGCUAGUAUCCAAGCUCGGAUGCUAGCGUUACCAAACUUAUACACUACUACCAAGCUCGGGAGCUAGUUGUGUCGAGCGGUAGCGGUGCCAAGCUUGGACACUAGUGGCACGAAGUUUGGUUACUAGUGGUGCGAAGCUUGGUUACAAGUGAUACCAAACUUGGACACUAGCGUUGUCGAGUUCGUACGCUAAUGUACGAAGCUUGGUUACUAACGGCGCUGUACUUAGACACUAGCGAUACCGAACUUCUAUCGUUAUCGAGCUUGGACUAGCUACGCCCACACAGGAUUUCCAGCUAAAUAAAUGUAAUAAUUUGUUUUUUUCCUAUAUUUCCGCGCAGACCAUACAAACACAAUUGAAAGCUUUGAAUUAAAUAUUCCCACAGUAUAUGUACACGAAAAGCCUGGAAAGAGGCUGAGACUUUAACUUUUAUGUUGUGCUUUAUUUAAGCGUGAAAUGUAAGCAAUCUUUUCCCCUUAAUCAGUUUAAUACACGAUCUUCUCUGGUUAUUUAAUUUAAUAAAAAACUGUGCUAGUUUAGUAAACUCGCCCAUAAUUUUGGUACGGUCGGGCAAGAAAAUGGUGUACCAGUUGAAAUUCACAAUUUCUACAAUAUAACAAUUAAGUUUUCAAUUAAAUUACCCAAACUCCACAGUUUAAAAAAAAAUGUUUAGCAAAUGGUUUUGUAAGUGAAUAAUGUUUUUUUGGCCACUUUACUCAAUGAUUCUCAC